AGUCUUCCACAUCCAUAGAGGGAGCUUCUAUCUGCAGGACCGUUUUGUGUUUCCCUAUCCUGUUUCCUCAGCGCAGUGAUUUCCUUGUCUAGGAUGCCAGAAGCAGCUCUCGCAUUCCACCCUAUGUGACCGGACCUGUAUUCUAGCUGGAACCGAACCAGUACCCCGCAUUGCAAGGGGUUCCGUGACGUCACAAAGGACUUUUUGUGUAAGGACGCUUUUCAGAUGUAUUAAUGGAUUCCAGGCUCGGUUACCAGCGGGGACUAGGCGGAGGUGGAAGCAGUAAUAAUUUAGCUUACGGGGGCUCGGCCUCUAACUCCCCGGCUUUGACAGGAGCUCAAGGCCGCCGGCGGAAGCAGCCUCCUAGACCAGCGGACUUUAAGUUGCAGGUUAUUAUAAUCGGUUCUAGAGGAGUGGGCAAGACGAGUCUGAUGGAAAGGUUCACGGAUGAUACCUUUUGCGAAGCCUGCAAGUCCACCGUGGGUGUGGAUUUUAAAAUCAAAACUGUAGAACUAAGAGGGAAGAAAAUUAGGUUGCAGAUUUGGGACACAGCUGGACAGGAGCGUUUCAACAGCAUUACCUCAGCCUAUUAUAGAAGUGCCAAGGGCAUCAUAUUAGUCUAUGAUCUCACCAAGAAGGAGACUUUUGAGGACUUACCAAAAUGGAUGAAAAUGAUUGAUAAGUAUGCAUCUGAAGAGGCAGAGCUCCUUCUUGUUGGAAAUAAGUUGGACUGUGAAAUUGACAGGGAAAUUACAAGGCAACAGGGAGAAAAGUUUGCUCAACAGAUUACUGGGAUGCGAUUCUGUGAAGCAAGUGCCAAGGACAAUUUCAAUGUAGACGAAAUCUUUUUGAAACUGGUUGAUGACAUAUUGAAAAAGAUGCCUCUGGAUAUGAUGAGGAGGUGAGUUAUCCAACAGCAUUCUCCUCCCUUCAACCUGAGCCUGAUGUCCACCAGAAUUGCCUCCGCAUAGACUGUGCGUUGUUGUUGAUCUUCAAUUCUGUGCUUCGGACCAGACAUAGCAGAAAGGACGGUUCCAGUCCUUGUGUC